UGAAAGAUGAGACACCCCCCGCCUUGACGUGUUUUCCUCGGUCUGAGGUGUUUUGGGACAGCAGGGCUCUCUGAUAAGACAUGAGCCAAGAAGACAUGACAAGCUCCCAACCCCGGUUGUCGGCGAGAUGGCCUCGGCCCGCAUUCUUCAGGAAGAGCGAGAGUGACAUGCUCGCCACCGAGUACUGGGACCCUGUCGUCGCGGAAGAUAGUUUGAGACACCCUGCCUCAACUCGACCAGUUCUACAAGCGUGUUUUGCGCCUGGCCACCGUCUGCGACGUCGUUCUACCAUUGGCCGAACGAGCUAGCAUGCGAACCUAGCGCCAUCGUGUUGUCGUGCUGCGGCGAGUCUGGCCUCGCUUGAUGACCUUAGCGUCGAUCCCCCGGCCUCUCGCCAAUCUUCAAGGUUUGCGCCUGGCAGGAUUCCCAGCCUCCAAGGGCGACAACCCUAGAGCGGGCCUCAGUCUGAGCAGGAACCAACUGUGUCGUUGCCCUGACACUCCUCUCUCCACUUCUAUACCUGUUCUCUACUCUUGUUGGUUGUUCUGGUGACCACAUAUCCUUGACCCGCCGUUCUAAGGCUGGUGAAGUGUCAACAAAAGCCUCCCCCAGCACGCCGAUUUCUGUUCCUUAGCUGCCUGCGCUUCAUCCAUCUUCACCAGCCACGCCUGUUAUACAGCUCGUUUCGAAGAUGGAAGCAUCAUUAUAUAACGGUGCUGUUCUUUUGUUUCAUCAUGGCGUUUCUCAUUCCAUUCUUCCAAGAAGACAUUACUGGUUUUCGCGUCCUUUACACGAAACCGACAGCCCAAAAUGCACGCCUCAGUCACUACUCUUGCCAUCCUGGCAUCUGCGGCUUCCGCGGCCUACGUUUUAGAAGAUGACUACUCCUCCUCGUCAUUUGCAGACAUGUUUGAUUUCUUCACGGACAACGAUCCGACGAACGGCUACGUUAACUACAUUUCCUACGACGAAGCACAGAGCUCUGGCCUGUACAAGAUCGACAACGGGAGCGUCUACAUGGGCGUCGACUCCCUCACCAUUGCCAACGGUCGUGGUCGUGACAGUCUUCGACUGAGUACCAAGAAAUCAUACAAUCACGGCCUGAUUAUCCUCGAUCUUGCACAUAUGCCAGCCGGUGCAUGUGGCACUUGGCCGGCCUUUUGGAUGCUUGGCCCGGACUGGCCCAACAAUGGAGAAGUUGACAUCAUCGAGGGAGUAAACAGUCAAACAUCGAACAACAUGGCAAUGCACACGGAUGCAGGAUGCACAAUUACCAACACAGGAGCUUUCUCUGGUACCCUUGAGACCGAUGACUGUGAUACCACUGCCCCUGAUCAGCCCAGCAACGCCGGUUGUUCCAUGCGCAGCCAAGACACAACCAGCUUCGGUAACGGUUUCAACUCCAACGGCGGUGGCGUCUACGCGACCGAAUGGACAAGCGAGGCCAUCAGCAUCUGGUUCUUCCCCAGGAACGCCAUCCCCUCCGAUAUCUCAAGCGGCAACCCCGAUCCGUCGGGCUGGGGUCUUCCUCAAGGCCAGUUUACUGGUGGUUGUGACAUCGACGACAAGGUCAAGGAUCAACAAUUGGUCUUUGACGUUACCUUCUGCGGCGACUGGGCGGGCCAGGUCUGGAGCACCGACGCCACUUGCUCGACCUUGGCAUCCACUUGCCAGGACUUUGUGCAAAACAGCCCUGCAGCCUUUGUGGAUACGUACUGGCUCAUCAACAGUCUGCGGGUAUAUACCGAAAACGGUGCAGCACCAACGUCCACUUCGACUACCUCAUCUACAUCCACGUCCGCCACUCCCACCUCAUCCGCGACAACUUUCCUCACUUACACAUCCUCCAGUGCGCCAGCUGUUUCGACGCAAAGCGUGGCAGCGACCAGCGCCUCAGCCGUAACUACUCCAAGCUUCACCCCUGCGGCUACCCAGACUUCUUUGCCAACCACUUUCACCACUGCAGCUCCAUCCGCAUCUUCUCCAUGGCCUUCAUCGGGAGCCUGGAGCGGCGCGCCUUGGAAUACUGCUUCCGCCGGUAAUGGUGGAUGGAACAAUGGCAACUGGGGCGGGUCAAACAAUUGGGGUGGCUGGAACAAUGGAGACAACGGCAACAACGCCGCGCCCGGGGGAAACCGUGGCGCCAAUGGCUGGAGGAGUUGAUUUGAACAAACGACCGACUGAAACAUCGCACGACUUUUGACGAUGGACGAAUUCUUAUUACGCAGCAACAUUUGAUACCUCAGAAAGAAAGAGGGAUACACAGCAUCAUGUUUACGACGCAACGAUAACAUCAUACGACAAGAACAUUGUACAAGGGGAAAGGAUCGCUCUACCUGAUAGGGGAACAGCAAAUGGGACCGGAAAUAGACAAAAGGGGGAAAGGGGAAACCAGCGAUAUUACGACUGGGAAUAGAAAGGACUGACAGAACGAUAUCGGGACAGCAUUGAGAUACCCCAAUCUGGAAAACGGACGGAGGCGAAUUUUUGACCCCCUUGGGUUCUCAUCAUUUGCGGAGGAGUUUCAGGCGCUUUUGGGCCCAAUGGGUAUAUACGCAUCUACACACCUCGGCAGGAUGGGUGUGUUGAUUGGGUUUGGGGUUCUAUAAUAUACUUGAGCGCUUGAGCAUAGUUCAGCGAGGCUAGGUAGCGAUACCGUGGAGUUGUAUACUCGACACUCCUAGAAGAUUUAUAAUCUUGAUCUUCC